CAAAAACAGAGAUGAGGAUCUAAAGACAUGAACAUCUAAUACGCUUUUGAUGUGGAGCCGGAGGUAAUAUGGAUAAAACUGGAAUGACUAGGAAGAUCCUCCUCAUCUUCACCCUCUUCCUGAUUUCAGUAGGUGGAGGAGAAUCAGAGAGAGUGACAGGAUAUUCAGGAGGAGGAAUCCUCAUCAAGUGUAGAUAUAAUACAACCUACACAUCAAACACAAAGUAUUUCUGUAAGAGUUUAUGGCCAAACUGUACUGACCAAAUCAAGAAAGGAGUUAAAAAUGAGUGGAUAAAAUCAGGAGGAUUCUCUCUGUUUAAGACAGGAGAUAAAAAUGAGUGGAUACAUUCAGGAAGAUCCUCACUGUUUGAUAACACCAGUGCUGCAGUGUUCCAGGUGAUGAUCAGUAAUCUCACUGUAGAGGAUUCUGGAACGUACCAGUGUGGAGUUCAUAUAGAUUUCAAGAAUGACAUCUACACUCCAGUGGAACUGAAGGUAGAGGAAGAUCAAGACUGUGAAAAGAGCAUCAGUGUGUCUGGUCAUGUAAGAAGAAGUGUCAACAUCAGCUGCAAAUACCCACAAUCCCACAGCAGUGACCCCAAAUUUCUCUGUAGCAAAGUGCGCAGUGCUGUCUGUAAAUAUAAAACAUCUGUUAAAGAGAGCAGAAGAUGGAUAAAUGAGGGAAAACUGUAUCUACAUGAUGAUGGAAAGCAGAUCUUCACUGUGAUCAUCAACAGUCUGACUGAGGGAGACUCUGGUGAAUACUGGUGUGGAGCUGAAUCAGACUGGACAUCUGACCAUGGAUACAAGGUUUAUAUCACACAGAUCAACCUCAGAGUUACUGGGAGUCUGCAGUCUGGAAAAGAACAACCAGCAACAACAUCAUCCUCAACAUCACCAUCAAGCUCAACUCCACAGAGCACAGAAACAGCCUCCUCUACAUCUACAAUGAAUUCAUUAUUCAAGAUUUCAACAGGUCCAGAUGUUCUAUCACUAUCAUCAACACACAUCAGUUCACCAACCACAAAACCAACCACAUCCUCAACGUCUAAACCCUCAUCCUCUCCACUCUCUGCAACAGGUAUGUACAAAUAAAGAACUUCUGCUCUUCCAUUGUUAGUUUGAUCACUUUUAAAUGAUCAGAUUAUUGUUUGUAUCUGAUUCUCUAAUUUAGAUUCUCCAUCUCCAGCAUUUCCAGUUUCCUCUGUGGU